AUGCUGCAGAAGAAUAAGAUCUUGAAGGUGAUAAGGAAGAAUCUUGUGAAGAAGUGUAUCAAGAUGUUCAAUGAGAUUGCUGAGAACAAGGAAGACUAUGACAAGUUCAAUGAGGCAUUCUCCAAAAACUUGAAAUUGGAGAUCCAUGACGUCAGCGAGAACGAGAACAAAUUGGCUGAUCUGCUGAGGUACCACUCUACCAAAAGUGGGGAUGAGCUGACAAGCCUUAAAGAUUAUGUCACGAGAAUGAAGGAAGGCCAGAAGGAAAUAUAUUACAUCACUGGUGAAAGCAAGAAGGCAGUGGAGAACUCCCCUUUCCUUGAAAGGCUCAAGAAGAAGGGCUACGAGGUGUUUUUCAUGGUAGAUGCCAUCGAUGAGUAUGCAGUGGACCAAUUGAAGGAUUACAAUGGAAAGAAGUUGGUGUCUACAACCAAGGAGGGUUUGAAGCUCGAGGACAAAGCUGAAUAG